AUGGCCUUAAGAAAGCGAAAGACUAUGAGCCAGAAAGCACAGGCAGAGGAAAUGGAUGUCAGUGUGAGAGAGGGGGAAACCUGCAAGAGUCUAGGUAGAAGACAGCAUGACAUGGAAAGAAAUAGCAAUAGACAAUGGAGAACCUCAGCCAAGUACAGCGAGAUGAUCUGACCACGUCGAAACCCAGGAUGUUGAAGCCUUGGGUGGACCAUUGCUCCUUGCACCACAUUUCAGUCCCUUUCAUUGAGAUAUUGCUGCCUCCUGACUUGAAUGCAUACAACACCUAGGCUAAACAGCGCCAGGAUGGGAUCGAACAAAUCUUAGCCACCACUUUUCUUCAAACAACUGUCAGCGCAACUGUUGGCACAUCAAGCCAUGCCUUCUUAACUGUGCCGGGAAGGGAUUUGAGCCUUCAAGGAAAGCCAGUUUUGCCAGGCUUCUUCUUGGGCCUAGAUGGCAGAUGGUUCAUCCUUCUUGAGACCUGUGGAUUGCCUCCUUCCUAAGUUCACAAGUACAAGGAAUCCAUCCGCCAUCUCUGUCCCUCCACCUCUUCUCUGGUGCAAAGACUGUCGAGGUGAUGGAGGGAACAGAGGUUGAGGACAUCAGUCCAGCCCUUGAGGCGACCGAGGACUACCUGCACUGCUUGGACAGUGGUCAAGAAACUGGGCAAGUUUGCCCUCCAAAAUUAAAAGAGGCGUCAACUCUGGACAAGUUGAACUCCAGUGGGGUAUGGGGGUUGCUGCCUGGAGAACAACUGGAGAUAUCGUCUCACCACCUAGCCUGGGCCGAACAAACAUCCUUCAGCGUUUUGGGCCUAAAGAGCAGCAAGAGGAACCGAGCCCGCUCUACCAAUGAUUUGGCAGCCCAUGCCAAAGAGACCAAUUCUACCAGUUCAUCCAGUGGGGCCUUCAAACGAGGGCAUAACAGAUCACGGUCAGAUGUCAACUACCGGACGUACACGGAUAAUGGCGUGCCAGCCAUUGACAAGAACACGCUUAAGAACAUGGCAUUGAAUGAUCAAAUGGAAGGCAAUAAGGAGAGCACCACUAGUCUGGUAAAACAGGGGAUUUUGGAGCACAGGGAGGGUCCUUGGGGCCGCUGGAAUACCUGCCAUGUGGAGCUCACGCCCUGCGAGCUGCGGCUCUACAGCCUGGACAACAGCGGGAACAGGCAGCUGUGUACAGCCCUGUCACUGUCUCACUGCCAGAGCGUGGGUGCGCCUCAGCCUCAGGACGGGCGUGUGCUACAGGCCCUUUUCUUCAACAGCACUCGGUUGCAGCUCCGUGCUCCCUGCCAGUGGGAGGCCCUGGAGUGGCGCCGGCUCCUUUGGGAACGUGUCCUGGUUGCCCGUCCAGCCCUUCGUCAAGGCGAAUCGUCAUCUGCUGCUGCUUCUUCUUCAAAUCCUCAUGAACUGGAUCCCAACGUGGCCUCUUUGACAACUUCCCGUCCACUGGUCCGUCCCAAAGCCCUGCCCCUGUUCACCCAGCACUGCGCUGAUGUGCUCAAAGUAGGCCUCCUGUACCAACUCAGUGACCUCAACAACUGGAGCGCCUUCACUUUCGUGCUCAGCCGCACCCAACUGCAGGCCUUCCAAACCGAGGGCCGAGGGCCCGUGUGCGAGCCUGUGCUACGGUACUCUCUCGCUUCCUGUCUGGCUGUGCAGCGGGACGAGGCCGAUGGAGGAGUCUGUACCCACUUCCAGGCAGUCUUCCCGGAUGAAGUGCUGCGUCUGCGGGCUGAGAAUGAGCCUCAGGCCCAGGACUGGGUGGAGGCCCUGCGCACAGCCGUGGCUGUCCAAAGACCUCAAGGGGAGAGCAGCCGUAUAGCGCCAUCUGGAGUGCUAAUGAGAAGCAGACCAGCCCGAGAACGUCGCCAGAGGGAGGCCCAGAGAGCCAAGCGCCAGUCUGUUACAACAAGCUUCCUGAGCAUUCUCACUUGUUUGGCUAUAGAGAAAGGCCUGACUGCGCAAAGCUUCAGAUGUGCAGGAUGUCAAAGACUCGUGGGUUUGUCACGAAGCAAGGCCAAGGUUUGCUGCUACAGUGGAUGGUACUAUUGCCAUAGCUGCCACCAGGACAACCUCUUCCUUAUUCCUGCUCGACUGCUGCAUAACUGGGACACGAGCAAACAUAAGGUGUCCAAGCAAGCUAAGGAGUUCCUGGAGUUUAUAUACGAGGAGCCCUUGCUGGACGUGCAGCAGUUGAACCCAGGGCUCUACGAGCACUCGGAACCUCUAGCCGCUGUGCUGAAGCUGCGGCAGCAGCUCAAGUCUCUCAGGGCUUACUUAUUCAGCUGCCGAGCCACAGUAGCCGAGGACCUGCGCCGCAGGAUUUUUCCAAGGGAAUAUCUGUUACAGCACAUUCACCUGUACUCUCUGGCAGACCUCCAGCAGGUGAUAGAUGGGAAAUUGGCUCCCUUCCUCUCCAAAGUGAUCAAGUUUGCCAGUUCCCACGUGUACAGCUGCAGUCUGUGUCGAGAGAAAGGCUUCAUCUGUGAGCUCUGCUACAACGGCCAGAUCCUCUACCCUUUCCAGGAGAAUGCCACCAAGAGGUGCGAAGGAUGCGGAGCGGUGUUCCACGCAGAGUGUCGGAUGCGCGCCCAGCCUUGUCCACGCUGCGUUCGUCGCGAGCUGCACAAGAAACCCGCUUCAUUCUGGAAGAAGCACAACCACAGCGAGAGCCCCGACGACGACUGCUGCUUCGAGCUGGACACCUGAGCCAAAGCUUUGAGAGCGAGGGAGAAUCACUCCCAGCUGGGCCGCUCCAGCAGGCUUGUUUUACUGACCAACAGCCGACUGCUGCUGCCGAGUGUCUGCAUGUGCACAUCCAUGAGUGACCACACUCUGUGGGCCGUGUAGAAGAGCUCUGUGUUUGUCGACAAGGAACAGAAGAGUCUUAUUGUUUUUGGUCCGUCAAUCCUCUCUCGUCCUCUUGUCAGCUCACCUGAGAGAUAGGGUACACACAGACAAUACUUCAGUCCCUGAAGAGGAGAGGUUUCAUAAUGAUACCAAUUUGCCCUCUCCUUUCAUCUACCAAAUGACAGCCGGGCCAACUGGCACAUACGGACCCAAGUGGAGUACUCUCUCUCUCUCUCUCUCUCUCUCUCUCUCUCUCUCUCUAGCGUGUAAACACACUCUAGCAGUCCGUCGCAAAAUAAUGCCGUCUCUGGAAAUCCAAGGCCAAAUCAUUUUCUCUGCACAACAGAGCAUCUAAUCCAUUAACGGCCACGCUGCAAUCAGACAUCGUAAAAAACCGCAUCCAGUCGAAAAGUCUCAAGUUAUUAUUCAACCUAUAGACUCAACAUGAACAUCCACGCUCCACUUGACCGUCUUCCUCUCUGCAUUCCUGCACAACUUCUAGAUCUGAUCAGUCUAUUUAGUCACAGUAAACAAAUUGUUUUUUUUUUAUACUGUUUAGUAGGCUCCAAUAGCGAAAGAAAGCUUGGUGCCGUAACUCCCACUGGACAGAGGACUAAGCCUUGAGGACGCCCCGGUCGUCUUUUUUUUAAAGCAGAAUUUAAGGAACAUAAUCGCACGCACCCAAAACAUGCACAACGCUUUGGACUCCUGUGAAGUUCUUGGCCUAUUCUAGUUCAGAGAGGUUGGCAUCUCGUCCUGUACAGCUGGAACUGAAGUUUAUCGCUGCUCAGUGCCACUGCCUAUAUGCAGCUGAGCCACGGUCCCUUUGCUAACCGCUGGCUUUUUGAUUACAAACUACCCUCGGCCACAAGGUCCCAAAUUAUAGUCCAGAGCGCUGGGGCUUUGUUUAGCAUUGGUAGACCCAGUUCAACAAGGAUCGCAGAGCAAACCCGCCCGCUGACGGGCUCGUUAGUCACGUCGUCCACCCUUACCGCAGGAUUGGCUCCGUAUCAGUCGCUCGUCUCGCUGGGUGUGCGUUCACACUCCAUUUUCCGGCUACUUGAACUAAGCACUGGCAAUAAUAUCACUCAUUUUUGCUUUCUCGCUGCCUUAUUUGACCUCCUGGUUCUCAUCGUCUUUUCCAAAGGGACAAUGCUUUGACGAUGCAGAAUGAAUAUGACAUGCAUUUGUAUGAGGUUUCCCCCCCCAUGCAAAUUUAGAUAGGCUGAGUGACGUUUUGUCUUGCUCUAAAUAAUUCCCAAGCUUCUUAUUUUCACCAUUUACUACUGUGUUUUGGUUUUUUUCGGGGUUUUUUCCCUGUCAGCACAGAGGCGAGGUCAGGAUCAGCUUUCAGCUCCUCUCCAGACACCGUACCAGCAACACCGAAGCUCUCAGUGUAAUUCUUUUUCUCCGAUUCCGUAAAAGCUGAAGGAUUAAAUUAUUUAUUGUUCUAGUUCUAAAAUCAUUGUACACAGCGAUGAUGGAUUGAUAGAUGAAGUCGAGAGGAAUUAUGGAUUUAAUUUCUCCUGCUGUUAUGCUAAAGCAGCUAGGUUAGCCUUGCAGUACGCAUUUGGGGUUUUUUUUGUUGGCUUGUUUUUGUUUUAUUAACUUAUUAUUUUAGUGUUUUGUAAAAAUGUUUACAUGUGUUACAUCAGAGAGCAGCUUCUUUUUUUUUCCCCCCCUCAACCCCCUUUUUUUUUUUUUUUUUUGGACAUUUGCACCAAGGGUACAUUGUGUUUACUUUUAUUCGAGUUGAUGGAAUGUGUGUGUAUGUGUGGUUACUAGAUAUUAAUAAUGGCUCUACAUUUGACCGUAUUAAUUAAACCUCUUUCUCAUACACACUUUGCCUGCCUUAAACUAAAAGCCAGUACGUCUGCCUGUUGAUAACGGUCUGUUAUUGUGCAUUAGUAAUGCAGUUUGUUUGAAACUAAUGGGUUCUUGUUGCCUAAUCGGUAGUUCAGACAAACAAAAGUCCUUAAAUGUUGAUUGUACAGUGCUUUUGAUUAUUAGACCCAUGUCUUUUGCUGAAAUAGGUGACUUUCUCAGCACGUUUGCACAAAACACUGGCAGUUUAAGUAUCCGCUGGACCACAAAGCCAGUCCUGGCACUUAGUGUUUAGAUUGAACGAUUGUUUGUUGUGAAUCUAUUGAUUUUAGCAGAGUUGCACUAGUUAGUUGGGUCAAAAGUAAAGCUUCCUUAAUUAGCUAGACAGGUAACAAAUUGCAGGAAAAAAACAACAUGAAGCGUCUUGGUAAGCUGUUGAGCCGCCAGAAUGGCUUCAGUGCCCCUUGGUAUAGAUUCUUUAGACGUGUACUGGAGCGAUUAGCAUUAGCACCAUUCUUCCAAAAUAUAGUCCAUCAAUUGGUGUGAUGAUGAUAUCAUGCCAAAGUUUCUCCAAGGUGUUCAGUUGGGUUGAGAUCUGAUGAGCGUGAGAACCAUAGCAUAUUAUUUACCAUUCUGUAAGUUCCCAUGACCGAUAAACAUACAGUACCAGUCAAAAGUUUGGACACGCCUUCUAAUUCAAUGUUUUUCUUUAUAUUUAUUAAUUAAAAGACGCACCAUGUCUAAAAGUACUGAUGGAUGUCGUUUCUCUUUACUUAGUUGAGCGGUUCUUGACACAAUAUGGAUUACUACAGUUGUGGAAUAGGGCUAUUUACUGUGGAUUAUUUACUGUUUGAUCUCAAACACAUAUUAAAAAAGGCAAGAAAUGUCACUAACUUUAGAUGAAGCACACCGGUUAGCUGAAAAGCAUUCCAGGCGACGACCUCAUGAAGCUGGUUAAGAUGAUGCUAAUAGCGUGUAAAGCGUCAAGGGAAACGCUGGAUACUUUGAAGAAUCUAAAAUAUCAAACACAUUUUGUUUAAAACACACUUUUUUUUUUUUUUUUUCCCCACCACGUAAUUCUAUAUGAGUGAUUCCACGCUUAUGGGUACUGAAAUGGGGACAUGAACUUAUUUUUAAA